AUGUCAACAACAACUUCAUCAACAUCUACAAUUGCCAAUUCAAUACCAAUAGAAACAAUUGCUCGUAUAUUUAAAGAAUUAUCUUUUAAAAAUAAAGACACUAGAAUAACUUUAAAUACAUUAGAAUCAUCAAGUGAAUAUAUUAAAUUAUUUAUAAAUGAAGCCAUUCUUCGAAGUAAUGAAAUUAGAAUUGAAGAAGAAGAAGAUAAUAAACCAUCAAUAUUAAUGGAUCCUCAAAGAUCAGAACAGAAAUCACAAUUCCCAAAGAUGGAAACUUUUGAUGAGUUAAAUGAUGAUUUUCCUGAAACUGAAGAUGGCGAAGAAGAAGAAGAAGAAGAAGAAGAAGAAGAAAUAAAUGAAAGUGUUGUUGAAGAUCAAACUCAACAAGAUAAAAAUUCUUCAAUUAUGAAAUCUAAAAGUGAUGAUUUGGAUUCUAGACAUUUGAAUAAAAUUGCUGGUAUAUUAGUAUUGGAUUUUUAG